AUGAGGAAGCGACGUGGGGACGAAGGUCGAAGUGGUUUGAGAUGUGUCAUAUGCCAAAAGCUGUCAUUGGAAGCAAGUUCCGUUUGGAGACAAGCUAAAAGCAUCAAACCAGGCAGCCCAUACCAUUACAUUGGGAAUGCUCCGGCUGGUAAGGCAGCAGAGUCCAAAGUGUUGGAACUGAUCACAAAGCGGGUCUGCAACAGGAAUGCAUUGGCAGCGCUGCCAAACCCUAAAGGAUAUGCGCUUCACCAUCCGACCUUACAAUUUGAAUGUGACGACGUGCUCGAGAAUUUUGGUGAUGGGCUCGUGGAUGCUUUGACCCUUGGUGAGAACAUGGCCGAAUUCUGUUGGGAUGUGGACAUUUGCGGCACCCAAGAUGCCAAGCACUUCGAUUUUGAACCAGAGGAUGACGAUGACAUUGAGGAAGACAGCGCAAGAGUGGACCCUUCCAGUCCUAGAAAGCAAUCAGAGUUGUGA